AUGAUAAUUCUCAGGAUAGUCUAUUUCACGAUUGUUACCAGAAAUUUUGUAUGCUGUUCAAGUAACUGUUACGACGGCGGAACAAGUGUAGCAAAACAAUGUCUUACGCCUUACGUAUCCGCUGCCUACGACAAGAAGGUAGUGGCGACAAACACUUGCGGAGGCAUGCGAAAAGAGCAAUAUUGUCAAAUAGCCACUUCGUUCGGUGCUGUCAAAACCUGCCAGAUAUGUGAUAAUGAUGACAGAAAAAAUUUGCAACACAGCACGCAGUUUUUGACGGAUGCUCACGAUAACUUUAGGCCAAGAUGGUGGCAAUCACAAAGUAUUUUCGAGCAAGACAUGGGACCACAAACUACAGUUAACCUCACGUUUGAUUUACACAAAACCUACGAGAUAGUUACUGUUAGACUCAAAUUUAAAUCACCAAGACCAGAAAGCUUUGCUUUGUAUAAGAAGGCAUGCACCACAUGCGAAUGGGAACCGUAUCAGUAUUAUUCGUUCUUCUGCCGUGGUACAUACGGAAUUGAAACUAAGACGUUUUUAUCAGACAAUGAGGUCGGUUGUUCUGAGAGUGAAAGCGACAUAUCACCACUGACUGGUGGAACUGUUUCAUUCAGUCCCUUACGGGGUCGACUUGGAAGCUGGACAUUAUAUCAGCGAAAGGAACUCCAGGAUUGGAUAACGGCUUCUGCAGUGCGUAUUUCAUUAAACAACAUGGAUACAUUCGGAGAUGAAGUAUUUGGCGAAGAAGAGGCUUUGAAGUCGUAUUACUACGCUAUAUCCGAUAUCUCUAUUGGAGGAAGUUGUAAAUGCAACGGGCAUGCAUCGGAAUGUCGAGAAAACGACGAGGGAAUUUUUGUUUGUAUUUGUGAGCACAAUACUCAAGGAGAUGAUUGUGAAACGUGCGCCAAUCUUUACAAUGAUGCACCCUGGCAAAGGGCAUCUGAGUUCAAUGCAAACGAAUGCCAAAAAUGCGAUUGCACUGGCUUCUCAAAAAACUGUUUAUUUGACUCUGAACUGUAUGAGAACACUGGCCAUGGAGGACGGUGCGUUCAUUGCGAGGGAAAUACUACUGGUCCACAUUGCGAAGUAUGUCUACCAAAUCACUACAGGAAGUCGCCGAUAGAGGAAUGUCUGGAGUGCGGCUGUCAUGCCGUGGGAUCACAUGGCGAACAUUGCAAUGAGAGCGGAAUAUGUUCCUGCAAAUACGGAGUGAGAGGAGAUAAAUGUGACCAAUGUCGUUCUGGAUAUUUUGGAAUGUCAGAAUUUGAAUGCAGAUUUAUAUUUGAUUAUUGUAAAGUUCAUACUGCAAAAAUGAAAUUGCAAAGUUUCAAAAUAUAUGCCGCUGUUCUUCUUCUACUGAUAUUAGUCAGAGAUGCAUCUGGAGCUUCAGAAACUUAUGACUGUUGGAAUACGGCUGAUCUUGGGGCAAGUUACCGAGGGAAGAUGGCUGUCACAAAUGUUGGAAAAACUUGUCAACGAUGGGAUUCGCAGAGCCCUCAUGAGCAUACAAGAACUGCAGAAGUCUAUCCCAAUUCUGGAUUAGUAAACAACUUCUGCAGAAAUCCUGAUGCAGAACCGUCGGGACCAUGGUGUUACACAACAGACUCGGAGAAACGUUGGGAAAAUUGUCCAAUACCGAAAUUUAUAUUUGGUUAUGGCAAAGUUCAUUCUGCAAAAAUGAAAUUGCAAAGUUUCGAAAGAUAUGCCGCUGUUCUUCUUCUACUGAUAUUAGUCAGAGAUGUAUCUGGAGCUUCAGAAAUUCAUGACUGUUGGAAUACGGCUGAUCUUGGGGCAAGUUACCGAGGGAAUAUGGCUGUCACGAAUGUUGGAAAAACUUGUCAACGAUGGGAUUCGCAGAGCCCGCAUGAGCAUAUAAGAACUGCAGAAGUGAAUCCCAAUUCUGGAUUAGUAAACAACUUCUGCAGAAAUCCUGAUGCAGAACCGUCGGGACCUUGGUGUUACACAACAGACUCGGAGAAACGUUGGGAAAAUUGUCCAAUACCGAAGUGUGAAUCUGCGUCAACUACACCAACUCCCGAACCGACAACAACAGCAGCACAGAAUAUGAUCUUGGUAACAGCACUUGUUCCGGCCUCCCUCAUUUUACUUUUGAUCUGCAUUUUGGUUCUCGUCUACGUGUGUAGAGGAAAAAAACAACAUCAACGCACAGUACGCCGGGCAGAAAUUGGAGGCAGCCAAAGAUUCGUUCAUUGA